AAUAGUAUAAACCUAUGCGAUCUGUUGCUUCAUGCGCCUUUCAUAGAAGAAUCGAUUAAACCGAAUAUUGAUUAUAUAAAUACAAUGCUUCACAUCACAUUAAUAAAAUAAAUUAUUUCAUCUUAGCAACAAUUUCAUUUUCAUUUUUAUCUCUAUUUAUUAUAAGCAUGUCUUGUAAAAAAGUAUAUGAGUAAGUAUAAAUAUAAUAAAAAUAAUUAUUUAUGAAUAUGUUUUUUUUGUUUUAAAGUAAAUUAUGGAAUAAGUAUAUUUGUUUAAACUGAAAAAAUGUAAUUCAGUUUAUUUCUAUUAAAGUUAUUUGGAAAAAUAUGGUGAUUUUCGUGAACGUUUACAAAUAAUACAAAACGAUCAGCAAUGUAUAACACAAUUUCAAUUACCACAAUUAAAAAAACGAUCUUUACCAGAAGUUAAAAAAAAGGAUCGACUAUUAUUACCAGUAGAAUAUUAUUGUAAAGAUAAAUUGGAAAAACUAAUACAAUCUGAAGAUUUUCCAAAUAAUAUUUUUUCAACCGAUACAAUAUCUCGAUCUUUAAUUGAGCCAAACGAACAUAAUGAAGGAUCUAUCAUGCAUUCACUCGCAAAUAAGAUACACAAAUCGGAGAUUGACACAAGCUCCUCACAUAAUCCAUAUAGACAACUUCUCGAACGUCUUCGUAAAGCCGAUAAAAUGCAAUCUGAUAAAUUCGAUUCUAAAGUUACUAAUAUUCAUAUUCAAAAUUUUCUCUCUUUCUUUCAUUCACUUGAUGACACUACAUCUAUAAUCGAUGAAAAUUUAUUAACAUCUCUAUUUUCUGUUAAUAAUCAUUUAUCAUCAUCUAUAUAUAUACCAACAAAUAUUCAUCAACUCAAUACUGUACCAAAAACUAUACUUCAUUCACUAAAAACUGCUCCACAUAAUAAACAAAUACAUAACAAAGUAGUAUCAAAUAAAUUCAAAGAUUCUACUGAUCAAGAUAACGAAUUAAAUUUAAAAUUAAUUAAUACUUAUACUAUCAAAGCAUUUAAAGAAUAUUUAAUUCAUCAUGAUAAAUCCACACGAUUACCUAAAUUAUUUCAUGAUAUUGAUCGAUUACAUCAAAACUAA